UUCCUACUUGGCGCCAUAUUCCAUAAAAAGUGGAGCAAUUCGUAACCGAAUCCAAGCUCGAUGUCGGUCAAGAGUAGCCGAGGAAAGUGACAGUGGCCGGUCAAGAUGCUGGUCAAAGUGCUGCUCAUCAUAUCGAGCGUGGCGCUCUCCAGCUGCGAUGUCUCCCACCUCGAAGAGAUAAGUACGGAGCCUCCGCCGCCGAAACCCUACGCCUUCUCGUACACUGCUGGAAGAUACCCAGGGCACACUGAUAGACAGCAUGCGGAGGUUAGCGAUGGCAGCGGAGUUGUCAGAGGAACCUUCUCCUAUGUAGACCCUCGCCAUAAGGUCCGUACGGUUGACUACGUGGCCGACAAGGAGGGAUUCCACCCAGUACUGAGUGACGUGCCCCCUGAACAUCCGGCAGACUCUGAAUCAGUAGCUGCAGCCAAGGACAGACACUUCCAACUAUACGCCAAGAUCGCUGAAGAACACGCCCAACACCCUUUCCCAGACGAAACUUUAGUACCUCGGCAAUCAGAAGCAGUGAAAGCGGCAGCGGCGAAACACGCACAACUCUUUAGGGUGAUAGCUGAACAACAUGCAAGAAUCGCCGCUGAACGAGAGUUGUUGCAACAGGAGGAAGAAGAAAAACUGCAUCUUCAAGAACUUGGGCAAGAACAAUGAUUUUAGACCUUUAACUUUUGCGACAGUGACCCACGAAAAUAUUGUGAAAUAGUAAAUCUAUACUUUGUACAAUGUACAUAAUUUAUGACCGUUAAUACGUGUUUGUCUAGAAUCAUUUACCAUCAAUGCUAUAAGUCUUAAUUUUUAAAAAGAUUUUGUUAUUAACAUUUAGAAUCAUUUAGAACGUUUGACCAGUCUUUAUAAUUUUAUUUUUUGUUUUGUUAUCUUCAGCCGCUGAGUUAUAUUGCGGAAAUUUACUAUAAAAGUACCACUUAGAUUAUAAAAACAUGGAAUUUACCAUUUAUGCAGUAAAUGUGAUAUCGAGAUAUUAAUUGAAGUAACCAGUGUUUAAAAGAUUUAUUUCACUACAGACUUCUAAUGGUCUUUUUAGAAUAUUCUUUUAAAAAAUAAUUAUUAUGUAUGUUUAUAAAUUGUUUAUAUCUUUGUAAAUAUGUUGCAUAUAAUUCUCAACUUUUUACUAACGACUUCUUGUGUACAAACCUAAUUAUAUGUAUUUACGAUUGAUAGAUUAUAUAAGUACACCUACAGAAUUGAUUUAUAUAUCAUAUAUAUAAAGACUUGUAAGUAUUAUAAAAUACAUCACCUUUUGUAAAUUAUACUUUAUCCUAACGUUCUAUGACCACCUAGGUUAGUUAAAUAACUCACCAGGAAAUAAGUUUAUCGUUGUAUAACAUAAUUGUAAACUAUAACUUUAACCGAGAAGCAACGAAUGAAUUUUGUAAUUUUAUACUUUUUUACAGUUGCCAUAUUUAAAUAAA